UUCUUCGCCCUCCCCUUUCGUCUCCCUCCUUCGUGCGCCAACUUAUACUGCUACUGCGAUGUCUCACCGCGCUGUUUCCCGAACGACCUCUGCGUCACCUCUCAGCGCCGUCGACGUCAACAACCAUCAACCCAGAGGGAGGACGGCCAAGGCUGCGGCAUCCCGUACAAACAGCAAGGAGCCGGUGGCCAAGACCAAGGGCGCGGGCCGACGCAAGUCGGUCUCGAAGAGGAGGAGGUUCUGCGGUCUAAAAACCCACCGAUGGACUCAUGGACGGGGAUGCCGACACUGUUCUAUUGCUGUUGCAAGGUGUUCUCCUGCACUAGGGUUUAUGUCACCACCUACCCGUCGCUCCCCCGGUUCGUCGAUAGGGUGUUGGAGGAGUACUGAGUUUCAAGUAGUUGCGCUGCACCGAUCAGAAGUGAUACCCAACUGCCGCAAAAAGUUCCGCGCGGCAGCUCCAUACGUGUCCCGGGGUCACUCCGGCGUUCAAGUAACCGCUCGCCCGGUGCUAUUCUAGCCCGGGGUCCGAGAGUGUUGUGGGCGAGGAAUAUCCUCACAGUGCUGCUUUCUGCCGCCCUCUCUCCGUGACCACAGCGGUCAUCAUAAAGGCCGUCGUUGCGGCCCGCUCAGAGCUGCACGGUGAUGUGCGCGGCGCCCUCGUGAACUUUUUGAUCCCUAUGAUCAAAGAAGAGGCGGCCACGAACAACCCGCGGACCGCCGCCGACCUCCUGCGUGGGGUCCGCGAGCAGGUCGCGGACAUCGACCCCGCUGCCGAGGUACACAUGCCUGAAGAUCAUAACUUUAUGCCACCCCACUCACGUUGUAAGAGAAAGCUCCAGCGGGCAGCAGGUCAAUGUAGAGACAUGAACAUCUACCUCACCUCCUCAGCAUGUACGAGCAUGUACGAAAGCUCCGAUUGCAUCGCACGUAAUAUCCGUAGGAAGCAGCAGCACGGUACACGCACUGCAAGGUUACAUGUUUCCAGAUGCAUGCACUCGUCAGUGGUCACGCCGGCGCUGCUGCACGCGGCGAAAGACAUCGCUGCCCUCCCGGUGGCGGAGAUCGGCUCACUCGAGAGCGUCGUGUGCAAGUGCACGAGGAAAGCGAGGGCGUGGGCGAGGCUUUCCAACGGCGGGUACAGCUCCACAAACGCGAAGGCAUUCCAGGAAAAAUUCUGGUACUCCAUGCUCCAGUUCAUGACGGGCCCGCGUCGCAUCGCCUCGGGAAUCCUGACCAUCCCCAAGUCGGACUACGGGAACCCCAAGAUCAUGCGCUUCCUGUCCCCACACGCCGGCGGCAACGACAACCUCGUCGUGGAGGAGACCCCGGCCGAAGGUGGAGACUCCGAUCUCGGCGCAUAUCUCGACGAGAUGAACUGAUCGUUGUUGUUGAUUGGCCCUUCACAAGCUCAGCAUCUGCUGGGUCGCGGAAUUGCUGGCAAAUGUUCUCGGGCGUAGCGCUUGCUGUGGGGAACAGUUUUUUUGUCGCGUUCGGCAGUAAAAAUAUUUCGUCACUCUGUUCCUUUUCGAGCAACCUGUGAAGCGCUUGGGGAUCGAUACGCGCCGGCGUACCCUGGACGUGGCACACACAACGCAGAAAUGUUCCUCCGUGUCGCCGGGGGUAGGGACACCUCACGUAAUGAGGUGCUUCGCGGACAAGGGGCCAAGUAGGUUCGGUCGAGCUUGAUGAACUCAUGGAGUUUUUAGUCUGUACGCACAAUAAAGUGUCGGUCGGAGCGUGUACAUGCCAGACUAGUUACGUGGACCUAGGGGCAUGGAGUGCAGUUUUUUGGUGGUUGGAACUAUUUGUUUUCUUUUCCGUGUUUUCUUGGAUCAUCGUCGAGCGUGUGGCUCACCAUGCGUCCUGAUUUGCUUGGUGCACGUCAUGGACAUGACGUGCACAUUCACAUUCCGUUGAAAAUGUGGCAAUCAGGUUGAGGUUGUGAGCCCCACCAUUGCAUUUGCGUGAUGUUUUUUGGGUUCUGUGAGGAGCAUCAGGCACACUCUUAACAUUCUUAACAUUCUUCUUUACGUGGAUUCGACCCUGACGCAGAAAUGACUGUUGGCAGGAUGUCGAGUCGAUCUGUGCAGAGGAUGCACGUGAUAAUCGUGUCGGCGUUGGUGCUGUACGAUUGAGCGACGACAUGGCAUGAAAACCAGGAUCGUUCGCGAUGAACCCGGAGGAGUAUGCUCACAAGCCAUCGACAACCACGAACAAACAGAGUGCAAAACAGCACACCACACACAAUUGCUGCCGCAGGUUGCUUACAGGGUGCAAUUCGGGCCACCCUGGCAGGGUGGACCCUGUCCAGGGUGUCUAUAAAAGACCCUGCAGGCGGUGCACCCAUCUGUCGUUGACAAGGUAGGGUACCCUGGCUGGGUGGUUUAUUGGCCACCCUGCUAGACUAGCCGAAUAGCUACAGGUGUAGACAAGUUGCUAGAUUUCCCCAGAUUGGCUAUUCCUGCCUCAAACUGUUGCAGGGCGGUAUGGUCUCGGGAGGUGGGCUCUGCUGUAGCUUCUGCUCGCCGCUGUAACUCCACAUCGAGAGACUCCCACAGGAUGACCAGGGUAUCUACUUGUAGCUACGGGCUGGCCCUUCAGUUCAAGCUACACAGCAAGCGCCACCUCUCAGCAGUAGUCCAGCUGCAGCGCAUCGCGCAAUCUCGCUCUCAAUCAGAUGCUUCGCUCUCAAUUUCACCAAUAUGUUGUUAUUUCUGUUCCAAUGUUUCCAAAUAUUUGGAGUCAAAUACUUGGAACCAACAUCCUCAUUUUAAAGACCGGUCGCCCCGGUGGUCUAGUGGUAUCCUCGUAAUCCGCUAGUCGCAGAGGUCGUGAGUUCGAAUCCCUAUGGGGUGGAAAUUUUACGAAAUUUGCGGGUGAAAGCGAAAUUUAGCUAAAAAGCUCUCGUGAGUACCAAACUUCGACGUUAGCACCGUUGACGAGGGAAACGGAAGGCUGGACCCUUCUCGCGAUAAAAAAAAAAUUAAGUCACAGAAUGUGGCGUCCUGCAGCAGCGGAGGAGGCGGUGCUGCUGUAGCUCGUAGACUUUGUAGCCUACCACAGAGGUUACACUGCUGUCACCGUUCUAUCACAGAGGUUGGUCUACACUGCUGUGAGAUCGGUAGGCCCGAGCGAGCUUUGGAAAGAGAAAUGUAGGUAGAUGUUCGUAUCAACUGACUCCCUGGUCAGGCUUUGAUUUGAUGGGUGCUAGAAGAGAGUGAGCACAAGGGGCGAAGGCGCUUUUGUGUCUCAUCUCAACAACAAAAC